UCUCUCAGAAUUUGCGCCUUCUUCUCCACGGGCGAUAGCAGCAGACGCAGCGGAUGCGUCAAGUGUUUCGUCCGUGUAUACUCCGUCGCCUACACUUCUUAUUCUCACCCUAGAUCGAAUACAUCAGCAUGACAUGGGUAGCGGAACGGGCGUAUACAUGGAGAAUCCUACAGGAGCUUGUCGCACACGAUGUGAUGCUUAUCGAACGCUCUACAUCUACAGUCCUAAACUGAAGCGCGAUAUUUGCGUGCACUCCAUCAAGAGAGAAAGCUGGCCCCAAAAAGUUGUGUUCGAUGGAGUGGAUGUAGCGGAGAAUAGUGGCCAGGAGUACCAUUUCCAGAUAUGGCUUGCCGGAGCCAGCCCGAGACAGAUGGAUGCGAGGACAAGCGCCAUGCUUGACCAGUGCCAACAGCUACUAUGGGUCCUGCGAAAGGAUUCGGCCACCGCGAAUGUCGAAAUUAUCGUCAGGGACAUGAACCCAACUAGCGAGCAAAAUGAAGAGCAGCACCGUUCCGAAGGCGUCAGCUGCAAAGCCAGGAAAACAGAAGUGUCCCAUCACACAGGGGAUGACAAGGACAGCAGCGCGCGCUCAAGGUCGUAUUCCCGAGGCGGCAGUCGAUCAGUCCAUCGUCCCGGUGGGAGUGGCAACAACGAGACUGGAUCUACCGUUUGCGAAGAUAUCUUGCAAGUGCGAGGAGUCGUCUUUCGAGCCCACAAGUGUAUCCUUGAAUCUGCUCCAUUUUUCACUCGUAUGCUGAGCGGCGUCUUUCGUGAAGCACAGGAGGACGAGGAUGGGAAGUACAGGAUCGAGCUAUCGAACGACAUGUUUAAUGUUGAAAUCAUGGAGCAUCUCUUGGACUACCUGUACACCAGGGAGCCAAUCUCAAACGAGAUUGCCCCUUCCUAUGCUCAUGGGCCUCACCAUCUGUCCCCAACAGGAAUACUCUCAUCGUCCAGCGCAUCCAACGAGCCUCAGGUCAGACAUAUCAUUAGCGCAAAUGUCGGUCUCAAUCUGGAGACCAUUGUUACGGAAACUCGAAACCCACCAGGCCUUUACCGCCAUCGCAGCCAUCACCAGUACCUGCUUCCGACAGCGAGUCUCACGCUAUGGCACUGGGGUGCUCUCUACAGGGCAGCGAUGCAUUUGGAGGACAAGGAGUUGCAGGCUCACUCGCUGCAUCAGAUCCAGGCGCAUUUGGAUCCCGAGUCGACGUUGGAACAGGUGUUGACAUGGGGACAUCAGCACGCGGAAGUCAAGUCUGUGAUGCUGGAGUACUUGAUUAAGAAGCGGCGCGAGGUCUUUGGAGAUGAGCAGCGAAGCAAGUUGAGGCCGUAUUUGUGGGCAGAAUACGAGGAGCAGGUCGAGACGUUGGUGGAGAUCACGAGUCAACUAGCCAGACAGUAGCGGGUCCAAUGCAGAGCAGUAUAUGUUGAUGAAUAAAGGAUUAGCUGUGAGCAUAUCCAUGGUCGAGAGCACAGACGAAGGGUCUAACAUUCCACAACGGUCCGAUAGAUAGUCAAUCUUCACUCAGGAAAUUGCGCGGUCCGAUGCGAGGCGCGUGGAUACUACACCUGGACCCCCACUGCAGAAUGUCGACCAUGGCAUAGUGUUGCUCAUUGGACUGUCGUAGCGUGCCCACAAACUUUAA